UUGGUGUUAGUGUUAGGGGACCUUCACAUCCCGCACCGGUGCUCUGGUCUACCUGUGAAGUUCAAGAAGCUGUUGGUUCCAGGAAAGAUUCAGCACAUCUUGUGCACAGGAAACCUCUGCACCAAGGAGAGCUAUGACUAUCUCCGGACCCUGGCUGGGGACGUCCACGUUGUUAGAGGGGACUCUGAGAGCCUGGAUUAUCCUGAAGAGAAGGUUGUAACUGUCGGACAGUUCAGAAUUGGGCUGAUUCAUGGCCAUCAGGUUAUUCCCUGGGGUGAUGUGGGCAGCCUGGCCCUGCUGCAGAGGCAGCUGGAUGUGGACAUUCUCAUCUCUGGACACACACACAGAUUUGAAGCAUUUGAACAUGAAAACAAAUUCUACAUCAACCCGGGAUCAGCUACAGGAGCCUACAAUGCUUUGGAAAUGAACACCGUGCCUUCAUUUGUGUUGAUGGAUAUCCAGGCUUCCACAGUUGUGGCUUAUGUGUACCAGCUAAUUGAGGAUGAUGUGAAAGUAGAAAGAAUUGAGUUCAAGAAGUACUGAAUCAUGUCCAACUUGCUUGUUAACUUCUCACCCCCUUUCAUU